AUGUGGAUGCAGAUGCGGAUGCGAACCAACAUGCUGAUUGUUGUCGUUGUCGUGGCAACGCUGACGUCGAUGAGCGACUGCGCGCCGGCAUCUGACAGACGGCAGGAUGCGGAGGCCGACGAACGCAUCAGCUUCGCCGUGCAAUAUCUGCAGCAGUACGGCUAUCUCAGCAAAGUACAGAACGUGUUUACUGAGGAUGAGUUUUCCAAUGCGCUCGACUUGCUUUCCUGUAAGGAUGUUCUCUGCGCGGGCAUGCAUCCGUUGCUUGGCUUCCUUUCCGACAGGCUCUUCAACCAGAACAGUGGCGUUGCUUCACUACGCGGACCCGGGCAAUCACUGCUCGAUGACGUCACCUUCUCGAAGAUGAAGGAGCCUCGAUGUGGUGUCGCCGACAUUCAGAGAGACGAGUUUCAAAAUCCGCAGUUAGCGCUUAACGGCGUGGCGGAAAUAGUGAACCUGCGAGAUCGCUGGUUUAAAUGCGAGGUCACGUGGAGAGUUCUCGCGGGGGACAACCGAAGGUCAGACGAUGAACUGAGACUGAGAGCCGCUAGGGAUGACGAAGAGACUGCCGACAUCAACCUCGGCUUUUUCCGUCGUUACCAUGGCGACCCGGUGCCGUUCGAUGGUAGUGGAGGAACGUACGCGCAUGCCUUCUUCCCAGUCUCCGGCGGGAACCUGCGGGGUCGAAUACACUUCGACAGAGACGAGGAUUGGAACGUCAAUGGAUUUCCCGGUCGAGUCAUGAACUACACUAUGCUUCAUGAACUGGGACACACGCUCGGUCUCUACCAUUCCUCCACCAGGAACAGUGUCAUGUAUGCAUUCCUGACUGGAUCAGCAAGGUUCAAGGAAGGACUGCAAGAUGACGACAUGCGGCGUAUCAACAUGUUAUACGACGACAAUUUUGACGUCGAAGUACCAAACGCCAGGUUGCCAAAGGAGAGCGUUCCCACACGCAGACCUGCGCCACGGAUUCCUACAUCCCCGCGACGUCGCAUCACCCCCGUACGAAGUCUGGAACCCACGGAUGAUAAUGCACCGGGUGCAACCCUGCCCAAACCCCGCUCCACCCUAUCAAACACGGACGUCGACCAACGACCAACGUUCUAUAAGAUACAUUGCUACACGGGGCACUGCGUGAAAAAAUUCUACCGUGGUUAG